AUGGAGACACUGAAGGCGGAAUUAUUUAAUAUGUACGAGGAAUGUUCAAUGGACUUUGAGGGGCAAAAGCUGGCCGAGCGAAUAAUGAAUAUCAUUCUACCAUUUUGUUGUGUCGUUGGAUUCAUUCUCGGAUAUAUUAUGGAACAGCUAUCUAUUAGUGUUGGUAUGGUUCUGGCAGGUCUGAUGGUUUGUAUGGCGAUGGUGCUUCCACCGUGGCCCAUGUAUAGGAAACACCCUCUGAAAUGGCAGAAACCUGAUAAAGCUCACAAUGAGUAA